AGAAGAGCCAAGGAGACUCUCACUAGAAUUGUCAUGCAGACCACCGAAAGGUGACGGCUCCUCCCGACCAAUUCAUUGCUCUCGCGCGCGCACAGACACACAAAGUCACCAUGCUUCCCUCGUCAUUACUGCGGUCGAUCUCGCUUCUUUUGUCCGCACCGGCUGUUCUAGCGCUUGAGUUCACACCUGGUUCAUCAUGCGCCACAUAUUGCUUGAACGACGGGGAAGACGAUGCGUUCAGCGCCAAAGCCUCGUUCACGAAUGGCACUGAGAUCACCUGCGACGACUUGGACUUCGCGACGGAUGACAAGGGAAUCAAGUUCCAAAACUGCCUAGAGUGCCUUUCAAAAAGCGACAAGGUCGAGGACGAGGAAUCCGACAGUCAUUGGUUCAUAUACAACCUUCGAUACGCGCUCAGUACAUGUCUUUUCGACAAGCCAGAGUCCGACAAGAACAGGCAGAUCAGCUCGCCAUGCGUUCUCAAAUAUGCCUGCGAACCACUCGAAGCAUCUCUCACAGAUGACGACCUCAAAGCUCAAGCCGAAAACACAUGGGACUACUGCGAUGCCGACGACGCAUCCUUCGAGAAAUCGAAAGUGUGGAAGUGCGUCGAGUGCCUGCGCAUCCAAGAGUUCAGCUAUCUCUCCAAUUUCAUGGUUGCCCUCGAGGCUGGCUGUGAACAGAAACCUGACGCUGGGAACAUGGUCUCUCUGAGCGGCACAGUCUUCAGCAGCUCCCCCGUCAACAUCACCGAGCCUCAAGUCGACAUUCGCACCAAGCCGAAAGGCGCCGGCAGUAACGACCUGACCACCGGUGCCAUUGUCGGCAUCGCCGUCGGAGUCGGCCUCAUCCUCUUUGGCGGACUGUCUCUCUUCAUCAUCCACUGGCGAAGGCAGAAGCGCAUGGGCCGCAACGAGAAGGACGUCGACUUGGACCGUCGUGAUAGCGACUACGGGACCACGCCCGACCCCAUCCUGCCUCGUGGCGGCCAGAUGACCUCUUCCCUGCGGUCGAACACUCCACAGAGCGGCUAUGAUGCCAAGGGUCCCUCUAUGACAAGCGGCGAGUACUAUGACAAGCAGGAGGAGGACAUCACCGCCUCCAGACCCCACUAUGCCUUUGAUCCGCGAUCACGAAGUCGCGGACCUGGAAGCGCCCUGCCUUCACAUGCGGCAUACAUCCCUCGAGCCGUCUCACGACUCCGCUCAGACGACAGCAUAGGGUCCAGCACGCGGACCGCGUCGCCGCCCCGUGGCCACGCUCGAUCAAAAACCACCGGCUCCGUGAACAUCCACGCGGCCCUCAACUCAAACGAGGCGCUCGCCAGCACCGAGGCGGUCCCCACGAUCCAGCAACCACCCGCUGCUUCGCGCCGUGCCGCCUCGGUCGAUCGAGGCUCCGGCAUCCCUCCUCCGCCUCCAGGUCCUCCUCCCCGAUCUCACCGCAAGACACCCUCGUUGGGUCUCCCCUCUGUGAGAAGGAUUGCCCGACCGAAGCAAUACUCUCCGCCGCAGGUCGAAGGUACCAGUGACGAGAUGACUAUUUCGGAGCCAGUGAUGAGGACCGAGACAUCGCGGUUCCACGAUAGACCAUUGCAGGGCGGCACCGUCCUUGCCACGGAGGGGAAGCCACACGCGAGAGAGGACAACAACAAGUACGAGGAGGUGCCAAUGAGGAGCGGCAAAAGCAUGCUCUAUGGCUUUUGAUCUUUCGAAAGGCUUGUCGCAAGUCUCUGAUUGAUAGGCGUUUCGGCUUCGGUUGGGUUGGGCCGCUCAGGUACUCUUAGGAUAAAGCAAGGAGUCAACGGACAUUGUGU